UAAGUAAAUCGUUAAAUAAGGAUAAUGAAAUACAUGAAUAAAGCUAAUAAUUUGAUAUUGUGGUUACAUGUUUGCAAAAUUAAAUGAAAGUUAGUGUGUUGCCAAGGCUGUUGUUUGUUUUUAAACUAACAGAAGGGUUAUUGGAUGAUGCAGAAACUAUGAAAAUGGCCGGUAUUUUGGUUUGUCAGCAUAAAACUACAUUACAGGACUCCGGUGUUACUGCUGUGCCUGUCUCACAGAGGAGCUGCUGGACUGUUGUGUCCUUCUGGAUGAAGGUUUUGCUCUUCAUCAUCUUCACUCCAGCUUUUCUGAACUAUGCCUCCCUGCAGAGAGAGGGACAGGUGCUGUCAGCCGCAGGUGCUCAGCUAAUUGAUAUCGGUCUCGGCCAAAAGAUCCAUCUGUUGUGCAAAGGACACGGACGACCUGUUGUUGUUCUUGAUGCUCCAGCAGGGAUAUCUUCAGAUGUUUGGUACUAUGUGCAGGAGGGUCUCUCAUUAUCUACAAAGGUGUGCACCUAUGACAGAGUCGGUCUGGGUUUCAGCCGAAGAACCCUGCAGAAUGAAACUACAGGCACAGAGAAAGUCUGGGGAAUAUCAACCACUGGCAGGAUGGUGGAUGACCUUCAUCGAUUGGUCAGGGUUGCAGAUAUAGCCACACCCUUCAUCCUGAUUGGCUCCGAGUUGGGCACGCUCAACGGCAGGUUCUACAGCCACAUCCAUGACACGCAAGUGUCUGACCUGGUGUUGAUCGAUCCGAUCCCAGAGGAUGUCUUUGAAGAGGAGAAGUGGCAGCAGUACUGGUACUCUCACCUCGUCCCGUCACUGCAGAUGAUGCAGUUCUCUGCAGCCGCAGGUUUGAGUCGUCUGCUCAUUAUUCUGGGGGUGUUAAAGCCGCUCUUUCAGGGAGGAGACGUCUCAGAGGAACUCAUACAGCGACAGAAAUAUCUGCUGUGUAACCCUGCCCAUCAGAGCGCUGCAGUAGACGAGCAUUUCUUUCUCAAUGAGAGCGCAUCUCAAGUCAGAGAGAUCUCCAGAUAUAAGCCUCUGUCUAGCAAGACAUCUGUGCAUGUGAUCACUGGGGAAUCCUUUGAUUAUCAGCUUCCUUCAGAUCUCAACCAAGUGGUUGCUGAACUUCAGAGCAAGUUUUUGGAGCGCUCUUAUCCCAGUGCCAAUCACAUUCAGAUUCCUGGGGCGGAUCGUCACAUGAUCUACAAAAAUCCAUCCUUGCUUAUCAAACAUUUGCAUAAGCUGGUGUCACAAAGGCAGUCCAACCAACAGAAGCAGUGAGAUGCUUCAGAAAAUGCAGCCUCUCUAAUAACAACAGAUCAAUAACAGCUCCUUCCCUGCAGCUGUCACGUACUCUCUUCAGUGAUGCAAGAGGCCAAAUGACAGCUUCAUAUUUCUGCUUACAAAGGAAGCUGAAAUCUCUGUAGUUUGUUUGUUGAUGGAUUGUA